GGCUCUUAAGGAGCCGGGGCCGGCGCGAGCCGCCUGGGAGCAGAUCCGGCGGCGGCGAGCGCGGGUCGCGCUGUGUGCACAGGAGGAGCUGAGUCCAUCUCCCUGGUCUAUGAGAAUCUUCUGAAUCCGCAUCACAAGAUCUUAGAAACCCAGCUUAAUUGCCACCAACUUCACUCAAGAUGCCGCCAGCAAUUGGAGGCCCUCAGGGAUACACCCCACCAGAAGGCGGAUGGGGAUGGGCUGUGGUCGUCGGAGCCUUCAUCUCCAUUGGCUUCUCCUAUGCAUUUCCCAAAUCAAUUACUGUGUUUUUCAAAGAGAUUGAAGCCAUCUUCGAUGCAUCUAGCAGCAAAGUCUCCUGGAUCUCCUCCAUCAUGCUGGCUGUUAUGUACGCAGGAGGUCCCAUCAGCAGCAUCCUGGUGAACAAGUAUGGCAGUCGGCCAGUAAUGAUGGCUGGGGGCUGUCUGUCCGGGUGUGGCUUGAUCGCAGCCUCUUUUUGUAACACUGUGGAAGAGCUCUACUUCUGUGUUGGGGUUGUGGGAGGUCUUGGGCUUGCAUUUAACUUGAACCCAGCCUUGACCAUGAUUGGCAAGUACUUCUAUAAGAAACGUCCAUUGGCCAAUGGAUUAGCUAUGGCAGGUAGCCCUGUAUUCUUGUCUACACUGGCCCCCAUGAACCAGUUUUUCUUCGGUAUAUUUGGCUGGAGGGGGAGUUUUUUAAUUCUUGGUGGCCUUUUACUGAACUGCUGUGUAGCUGGAUCUCUGAUGCGACCUAUAGGCCCCAAGCCAGAUCAGCUGAAGAAAGAGGUCACAAAAGAAGUAUUGCAGGAAGCUGGGAAGUCUGCUAUGAAAGCGGAUGAAGGAGCUGGCGAUGCCAGUGUGGACCUUAUUGGUGGAAAGAAGAAGAAGCAGAAGCUCACAGUUUACCAGACUAUUAACAAGUUCUUGGAUUUGUCCCUGUUUACACACAGAGGCUUCUUGCUCUAUCUGUCCGGCAACGUGAUUAUGUUCUUUGGACUGUUCACUCCCUUAGUCUUCCUCAGCAAUUAUGGCAAGAGUAAAGAGUUUGGUAAUGAGUCGUCUGCCUUUCUGCUCUCCAUUCUGGCCUUUGUAGACAUGGUGGCUAGGCCUUCCAUGGGACUGGUGGCAAACACCAAGUGGGUCAGACCGAGGAUCCAGUAUUUCUUUGCUGUCUCUGUGGUGUAUAACGGAGUGUGCCACCUCCUGGUACCCUUUUCCACCACCUAUGCUGGGUUUUGCAUCUACGCUGGGUUCUUUGGAUUUGCCUUUGGCUGGCUCAGCUCUGUCUUGUUUGAAACACUGAUGGAUUUGGUUGGAGCUCAGAGGUUCUCCAGUGCCGUCGGGCUGGUGACGAUUGUGGAAUGUUGCCCUGUGCUCCUGGGACCACCUCUCCUAGGUAAACUCAAUGACAUGUACGGUGACUACAAAUACACAUACUGGUCAUGUGGAAUCAUCUUGAUCGUCUCUGGGAUCUACCUGUUUGUGGGAAUGGGCAUCAACUACCGGCUGCUGGAGAAAGAACAAAAGGCGGAGGACAAGCUGAGAAACGAAGGGAGAGAGGAGGAAACCAAUAUCGAUGAGGUCGAGAAACAAAAAGAGGUAGAGAAACAAAAAGAGGCCGAGAAACAAAAAGAGGCAAACAAUGAUGUGGCGCAGAAAAACACAGAAGAUGGCAUAAAAGAGGAGGAGAGUCGUAUGUGAGGGACUGAUUUUAAUCCUGGAGGGUUGGAGGAAGUGCUGUUCCUCUAAAAUAGUGUCUGGGGAAAAUGCUGUGCUGGUAGUGAGCAGUCAUCAGAAGUGUAUAAACCAGAUGUUCAUUUUUAAACAAAGCUCUCAGUUGUUUUUCCAUCUGGAUUCAACAGAGGUAACAGCUAAAUGUGCCAUAUCCUCUUACUUGGGUGGGAAACUUUUUUAUAUUCUGGCUUUUUUUAACAGUAACAUGAAUGUACGAAUAGGUGCCUUAAAGUUUCCAUCUCUAGACUACUCUGGAAGAGCCUUAACGCUACUCUGUAAACCAUGUUUUAGUUAGUUUUGUGAUCUGCUUAGGGUAUGUCUGUUUUUAAAGCCAUAAAAAAGGAUACUGGAUAUUUUGAGGCUCAACCGGCUUCAAUGCUGAGUCUAAAAUGAAUACUGCUUCACAUACUUCUUAACUGCCAGACUUAGUGGAAGUUGGAAUAUUUUUGGGGUGGGUUAGUGGGAGGGGUGGUCUUAAAAUAAAACAAGACAAAAUCCAAACUCCUUUGGGUGCCAGACACCACCUGGCUCUAUUUGUAGGCUUUUCUAGCACCUCUUGAAAAUAUUUUUAUCUACUGUAGUUUUUUAAACAUCCCCCCCUUAGUUAAAUUUUGAUGAAACACUUGGGUUGGAAUUGAUGACUGAAAUUAAUUUCUAUCUUCACUCCACUCCUUUUGGGGUGAAGCCUCAUUUUAUUGUGAUCAUCCCAUUUUCAUAAAUGACACUUGCUGAUGCAGGAAGGAUUCAGGUUUAGAUCAUCCCACUUUUCCUAGGCAAAGAAAUUUCCAAACUCUGUCUUUGUGAUGCCUCUCUUUAAAGUAACACUAUGAAACCAAAUGGGUACAAAUGCAGAAGGUUGAGUUGUUUAGUUAGGAACCUGCUUUAGUCAUAACUAAAGGAAUCAAUGCUGGUAUGUACCGGGUCUGUGCAUCCGUCUUUCCAAUCCUAUUACUGAGUGAGUGUGGCUUUGGAAUUGGAAGUCUUCCGCUGCUGCUUUAUUUAGGAAAUCAGCAUCUCUACCAGUGUGGGUCAGUACUACUAUGUCUCUUCCUCUUCCCCUAGCCCUGACCCUGAGCCUCCUAAGAGGUGUCUUUUCUUUCCUGAAGCUUCCUUUCGACUGUGCACCCCCUCAGUAAAAUCGAGCAUUCUACUCUUCAUGGAGCUCUAUUCCAAACAAGACGUUGCAAAAGGCUUGCUGGCUGCCUAGGAUGGCUCCCACUCCUUUUGAAGUCAACAGCAGAACUCCCAAAUGCUUCCAUGGGAAUGGAGUUGGCUUUUAGCAAGGGGGUGUCAGUUCUGUUACAUAUUCUCAGAGCCUCUCCUGUGUUCAGAGCAUGGCUGGCUCCCUUACUGGUAUGGAUCUGGUCUUGAGUAUGUGGCAUAUUGUCUUGUGCUCUGAGGCCUAAUAUUUUGCACACUAAAUGGGGCCAGAUACAGUCAUACUCUUAUACGCCCAUCAGAUAAAAUAGCUAAAGCUGCGUAACUGUCCCUUAAAAAAACUCUACUUGCUCCUGUUUAAGUGAGCAUUUAAAGCAAUUUCUAACUACUCAGAUCAAAGACCUUUAAAGGGGGAAGGGGAGGAUGUCUUCUGUUUAUACAUAUUUAUUUUUUUAGCACUGGUAAAUAUCACAACUUAUGUGAAGAGGGUUAAGCAGAUGGCCUGUGACCCAUAGGCUCCUGGUGCUUGUGUUUUAGUGAAUGUUAAACGGAUAUCCUGUAAGAGACUGAGGGUUUUGGGUUUUUUCUAAUAAACUUUUGUAUAAUUCAUCCACCAAA